CGUCACCUAUCAGACAGCCCUUAGGACGGUUUUUAGAAUGCAGAUCCACGCCGAAGUUGCCCCAGGAUGUUGCCCCGGCUGGCAGAAGCGCUCGCCAAGGGACCUGAGUUGUGCCAAACCUGUCUGCAGCGAGCCGUGUGAACAUGGUGGCCAGUGUGUGCGGCCGGACCUGUGUUUGUGCACGGACGGUUUCACCGGGUACAGAUGUCAUCUGGAUAUCGACGAGUGCACGGGUAGGAACAGCUGCCAGCAGAGGUGCACCAACGUGCACGGAAGCUACCAGUGCACAUGCCAGGCCGGUUUCCGGCUGGCAGAUGACAAGUACACAUGUGACCUCUGUCUUAACUGCACUCAAGAAUUCCAAGACCUACAAGAGAAGCUGCAGACACUGGAAGAAAGCAGCAGACAAAACGAGACAUUUGCAGACAUGAAGAGACAGCUGGAGAAUCUGACCGACACCAGGAAACAGGAAUACAAACUGGAGCACAUUCAACAACAAGAGUGUGUAACUACAACCUUCCACCUUCCCCAGGCAGAGCUGAAGAGCAGCCUGAAGACCGCAGUUAGCCAGUACGAAGCUGCCAGGAGAGAUCUAGAGACUGCAGGCGCCAGCACUGAACCCAGUCCCUCCACGGACCCGUACGAGCUAGAUCACCACAAGAUGCCCUUAGACCGACUGGCCUCGCUCAGCGAGCAGAUCUCCAUACUCGAGGAGAGGAUGGCCGAUUGUAAGUCCACAUUGAUUGAUGUAUCCACAUGCCGUCUUACGAUGCAGCUGUUGUAG